AUGGCGUCUCCCAAUUCCGGCAGCGACAACGGCGCCGCAGACCAGCCCACCGAGCCCCAACAGUCCGAACACUUGAACAUUAAAGUAACCGACAACAACAAUGAAGUCUUUUUUAAGAUCAAGCGCACCACGCAGCUCAAGAAGUUGAUGGAUGCAUUCUGCGAGAGGCAGGGCAAAGCCCCGCAACAGUGCCGGUUCUUGUUCGAUGGGCAGAGGGUGAACCCGCCGGACACGCCUGAUACGCUCGACAUGGCGGAUGGCGAUACGUUGGAGGUUCAUCAGGAGCAGAUUGGUGGGGCUUGCUGA